AUGAUAAAUAUUACAUCAAUCGGGGGUGGGGCACCGCGCCUGCGCGGCGUGCGGGGGUGGCGGCCAGUGCGACUCCGGCCGCCGCCCUCCGCACUCGCUUUCGCGGUACAAACCGGCGGCCACUCGUUCGCCGAAAGCUCCGACACGCAUCACGUCGCUCGAGUUGUGUCACGCUGUCUGAGUCUUGUCACGUCUCACCUCCGCGACCUAUCGCGUUGCUACGCCCGCUCCUUCAUCCACAUAUUCUAA